CGCCGCCAUUUUAGGUACCGCCGGCGGGGGAGGGCGGAGAGGGGAGGAGGGGAGAAAAGGCUGAGCGGAGUCGGGGAAGCGCAGCGCUUCUCCUCCCUCCUCCUCCUCCUCUUCCUCCUCCUCCUCGGGGCCGAGCCGAGCCCUCCGUCCGGCGCAGAGCGGAGCCCGGACCAGCGGGGGCGCCACAGCCGCCCCGCCAGCCGGGGCUGCGCGCUGCCCCGCACCGGUCCGCGCUGCCAUGCCGUCGCGCCGUCCGGGCAUGCCGAGCUCACUGCCGGCCCCCGCCUCCUGCCUGCUCCUCGCCGCGCUGCUCUGCGGAGGAGCAGCAGCCGCUCGAGUUAACAAGCAUAAGCCAUGGAUUGAAACAACCUAUCAUGGUAUAGUUACAGAAAAUGACAACACGGUGCUCUUGGAUCCCCCUUUAAUAGCCCUGGACAAAGAUGCGCCUCUGCGUUUUGCAGAGAGUUUUGAGGUGACAGUCACCAAAGAAGGUGAGAUCUGUGGAUUUAAAAUUCACGGGCAAAAUGUUCCCUUUGAAGCAGUGGUAGUGGAUAAAUCCACUGGUGAGGGAAUAAUACGCUCCAAAGAAAAGCUUGACUGUGAACUCCAGAAGGACUACACUUUCACCAUACAGGCCUAUGACUGUGGAAAGGGACCAGAUGGAGCGAAUGCAAAAAAAUCCCACAAAGCAACAGUACAUAUUCAGGUGAACGAUGUUAAUGAAUAUGCUCCUGUGUUCAAAGAGAAGUCAUACAAGGCCACGGUUAUUGAAGGCAAGCGGUAUGACAACAUCCUGAAAGUGGAAGCAGUGGAUGCAGAUUGUUCACCUCAGUUCAGCCAGAUUUGCAGUUAUGAAAUUGUAACUCCGGAUGUACCUUUCGCUAUUGACAAAGAUGGUUAUAUAAAAAACACAGAAAAGUUAAAUUAUGGUAAAGAACAUCAGUAUAAACUGACAGUAACAGCAUAUGACUGUGGGAAGAAGAGAGCUGCUGAGGAUGUGUUGGUUAAAAUUAGCAUUAAGCCUACAUGCAAGCCUGGCUGGCAAGGUUGGAGCAAAAGAAUAGAAUAUGAGCCUGGUACUGGUUCGUUAGCUCUCUUUCCCAGUAUGCGUUUGGAGACAUGUGAUGAGCCAAUAACCUCAAUUCAAGCAACAGUUGAGCUAGAAACCAACCAUAUUGGCAAAGGCUGUGAUAGAGACACCUACUCUGAGAAAUCCAUUCACAGACUCUGUGGCGCUUCUUCUGGCACAGCUGAGCUACUUCCCCCUCCAAGUAGUGCUGCUAACUGGACGAUAGGACUUCCUACUGAUAAUGGUCAUGACAGUGACCAAGUCUUUGAAUUUAAUGGCACACAAGCUGUGAAGAUUCCAGAUGGCGUUGUCACAGUCAAUCUAAAAGAGCCCUUCAUGAUUUCAGUAUGGAUGAGGCAUGGGCCUGGAACCAAAGAGAAAGAGACAAUUCUGUGCAAUUCAGACAAGACAGAUAUGAACCGGCACCACUACGCACUCUAUGUACACAACUGCCGACUUGUGUUCCUCUUCCGCCAAGAUCCUUCAGAGGGAAAAACAUACAAACCUGCUGAAUUUCACUGGAAGCUAAAUCAAGUGUGUGACAAAGAGUGGCAUCAUUAUGUCCUCAAUGUUGAAUUUCCUGCGGUAACUCUUUAUGUAGACGGCGUUUCGUAUGAUCCUUUCCCAGUGACUGAAGAUUACCCGCUUCAUCCUUCAAAGAUAGAAACACAGCUUGUAGUUGGAGCAUGUUGGCAAGAAUAUACAGGAAAUGAAAAUGACAAUGAAACUGUGCCUGAGACCUCUGCAGGUGGUGAACUCCACAUGGCGCAGUUUUUCCGAGGCAAUCUGGCAGGUUUGAUGAUUCGUUCUGGUAAACUGGAAAACAAGAAAGUGAUAGAUUGCCUGUAUACUUGCAAAGAGGGACUGGAUUUGCAAAUGGCUGAUGGUGUUGGCAAAGGCGUGAAGAUCCACAUGAACCCAAGUCAGUCAACACUGACCUUAGAAGGGGAUGAUAUCGACAGAGUUGACAAGGCCAUGCAGCACAUUUCCUACCUGAAUUCCCGCCAGUUCCCAACACCUGGGAUUCGGAGGCUUAAAAUCAGCAGUGUUGUCAAAUGUUUCAAUGAAGAGGCCUGCGUCUCCAUUCCUUCUGUGGAGGGGUACGUAAUGGUCUUGCAACCAGAGGAACCAAAAAUCAGCCUCAGUGGCAUCAACCAUUUUGCCCGCUCUGCUUCAGAGUUUGAGAGUUCUGAGGGUGUUUCCCUCUUUCCUGAGCUUCGCAUAAUAAGCACCAUUACACGGGAGGUGGAGCCAGAGGGAGAUGGAGAUGAAGAUCCUACAGUACAAGAGUCUUUGGUAUCUGAAGAGAUCAUGCAUAACCUGGAUACAUGUGAGGUGACAGUGCUAGGAGAGGAACUAAAUCAGGAACAAGAAAGCCUGGAGAUUGACAUGACGCGAUUGCAGCAGAAAGGCAUUGAGAUGAGUAGUUCCAGCCUGGGCAUGAUAAUCACAGGGGUUGAUACUAUGGCUAGUUAUGAAGAGGUUUUGCAUUUGAUACGCUACAGAAACUGGCACACUGUUUCUCUCUUUGACAGAAAGUUCAAAUUAGUCUGUUCUGAGCUUAAUGGACGCUAUGUCAGCAAUGAGUUUAAAGUGGAGGUGAAUGUUAUCCACACAGCUAACCCGGUUGAACACGCUAAUCAUAUAGCUGCGCAACCACAAUUUGUUCAUCCAGUGCACCAUACCUUUGUUGAUCUCUCUGGCCACAACUUGGCUAACCCUCAUCCAUUUUCAGUUGUCCCAAGUACAGCCACUGUUGUGAUUGUCGUUUGUGUCAGUUUCCUGGUUUUUAUGAUUAUUCUGGGAGUGUUCCGAAUCCGCGCCGCACAUCAGAGAACGAUGCGUGACCAAGACACUGGAAAGGAAAAUGAGAUGGACUGGGAUGACUCUGCUUUGACCAUCACUGUGAACCCCAUGGAGACUUACGAGGAUCAACACAGCAGUGAAGAGGAAGAGGAGGAAGAGGAAGAAGAAAGCGAAGAUGGAGAAGAAGAUGACAUCACUAGUGCGGAGUCUGAAAGCAGCGAGGAGGAGGAGGGAGAGCAGGAAGAGGACCAACAGAAUGUCAAUAGACAGCAACAGCUGGAAUGGGAUGACUCUACCCUCAGUUAUUGAUUCUAGCUGUUCCCUUUGUCUUUAUGUCUCUGCUCUAGAAGACGCCACUGUAAUACACUCCAUUGUUACCAAGGAUUCAUGGUGUUUAACAAAAAAAAAAAAAACCCAACAAAAAAACCAUCAUUCUGGCCAGUAGAUUCAACCCCUCCCGACACAUCCCCGUGUUUGUGUUAUGUCAGCUAGGUCCUGCUGCUGUUCCUAGAAUCGUAGGUAGCACCUCUUCCUUCAGCCAUGCCUCAGUGACUGGAUUUUAUUUUUUACGCUAUGUGAGGAACCACCUUGCACUUUUUUUCUUCAUGUCAUCUCAGCUAAGUGACUCUACGGUUCUGUAGCCAUUGCACAUGAAUUUCUGAACUGUCUUUUUUUUUUUUUUUUUUUGCUCGGUGAAACAAACUUGGCUUUGUUCCUUGUUCUCUUUCUAAAAGAUGCAAAGAUUGCUUGUUGACAAAGGGUAAAGCUGCUCAUUUCAGCCUGUCGAUUUCUUUUAAUUUUUUCCCCCAAAUUAGUGCAUGUGUAAAGUGGCAGAAUGAGGUUAAUAUGUAGAAGAUUAACAGACUUUUUAAUAUUUUGUAAAUAUAUUGGAAUUAUGUAAUUAUGUCAUUUGUGGUAGUGAAAACAGGGAUUGGGGUUUAAAACAUGCUAAAGUAAAAAAAAUCAUGCAGCAUGAAAUAUUACAAAUCUCAUACUACUGCAGCAGGAGCACGGGCACAGCUCUCUAGUGUAGAUGUUUCAGUAAUACGGUGUCAUUGGCCUUGACUGCCAUGUUCGCUCAUGCCCCGCUCUGGUUUUCCUUUAAUUUUUCUUUCCUUUUCUUUAAUCUCCUUUAUUUUUGCAGAGGGAACAGACAAGCUUGUGAGAAAUUGUAAAGGCUUCAGGAACGUCUGCAGAGGUUCGACUGCCCUGUGCAAUACAGUUGUUUGGUUUUCUUUUUCUUUUUCUUUUUUUUUCCUCCCAAUUAAGUCUUGGCAUAAGGGCUUUUUAAGUUAUUAGGGAAAAAACACUACUUAGAUGGUGGGCAAAUGAGAGUGUGCUGUUGCUGUGGUGUGUUGCCACAGCUCCUAUUAAUUACGGUGAGGCUGCCUGGAGUACAAUGAUGGUCUGUUCACGCUGCUGACGGGGCAGGUUGUUCAUGUAGUGGAUUGGUUGUUACAUUGGUAAGUGAAGCUGGAAAGCCUGAGCCCCGCGUACCUGUGCACCUUGGCUCCCAGUCUACAGAGAGAGGGAUUUGGGGGGUUUGGUGUGGUUGGUUUUUUUUUUCUUUUUUUUUUGGGCUGUUCAGUUUUUCUAAUUUGGUAGUGGGAGGGUUUGGGGCAUAGCUGAUUUCAUUUCUCUUAAACACACUCCUGCUCAUUCCCUGUAGCCCCUUGUACAGUAACUUGGACUGUUGGUGUGUUAAGCCUUUGUUUACACUUAGUAAUUGUGUUUUCCUGCUGGUGAAAAACUAUAGCAUAAAUUAGCCAACCAGAAAACCUUGGGAAUCAUGUUACUGUUAUUCCAAGUCCAGAUGAUUUUGGUUGUUUCUGAUCAAAGUUCUAACUUGGAAUUGCAAAGGACUUUUCUAAAGAAACAGCCGAAAGGUACGAGAAGUUAGUUAUGACCCCGUGGUGAAGAGUGCUGGUUUUUUGGUAAGGCAGGUCUCGUUUAUUUAACUUUAUUUGGUCUUAUGCAGAGCCUUGAAUAACGACUGUAUGCUUACUUGAUUAUUUUUUUUUUUUUUACAUUUGGAGGUGGAUUAAAAAGAGUCACUUGUUUUGCUUGUAGCAGGAGAGUAGGACUCCACUCCCUCCUCAGCACGGUAAGCACAGCUCUGGUUUUCGCUCUCGUCUGUAAGUCUGUCUCUAUCGUAGGUGCACAGGCCACGCGGCUCACAGCAGGGACGUGUUGCACAGUGUAAGCAACACGCAACCAAAGGGUGGGGCACAAAGGGUCAUAACUAAAAGAGAGAAAAGAUAAGCAUCGAUCCAAGUGUUUCCAUAGUCUUGAUUUUCAGAGCAGACCUAUUCUCACCUAGUGAUGUGUGUAAUGGGAUCCAGCGGUGGGUUUUAUCUGGGGUAGCGCUUGACUGCGGAGUGCCUUUUACAAUAGUAGAUGGAGCUGGAAGCAGGGAAGGUUACCCACACAACUAGCUUACCGUUUUGGGGGUUGCUUUUUUUUAUGUAAAAUUUUAGAUUUCUAAAAUGGGGAAAUGGUUUUGACUACUUAUGUGGUAAUAUAACUGCUAGUUUUAAGUAAACUGGGAAACUUUUAACUUAUGUCUGACAGUUGUCCUGUGUUAAUGUGUAGAAGACUUAUCCUUCCAUAUACUGUUGCUGUAGCUGCUGUAUUUUAGACCAAAACUGAUCAUGGCUUAAUGGUAAUCCUGAAAGGUUGUAAAUGUCCUGAUGCAGUUUGUAGCCACUAUGGGUAUAACUUUUCAGAUGUGUAUAUUGGUAACAGGUCAGUUUGGAAAGUCUAUGAGCUACAAUAAAUUUCUGGUUCUAAAGGUC